GCCCCUCAUCACGACUUCCGUUUCCGAUUUUACGGACGCCUUGGGUGUAAGGAUGAUCGGAGACAUACUGCUGUUCGGGACGCUACUGAUGAACGCCGGGGCUGUGCUCAACUUUAAACUGAAAAAGAAGGACACACAAGGCUUUGGGGAGGAAUUGAAGGAACCCAGCACAGGAGACAACAUCCGAGAGUUUUUACUGAGCCUGAGGUAUUUCCGGAUCUUCAUCGCACUAUGGAAUGUGUUCAUGAUGCUCUGCAUGAUCGUACUGUUUGGCUCCUGAGCCCUGCAUGGAGCCCAGAGCUCACCUGCUGAACAUGGAGGCUCCGUCCCUGUUUCUGACGACUUCAAGAACGCUUCUCGCUGGAAAACCAGGGCCUUCCCAGAAGACUUGAGCUCAUGGGGUGGACAUUGUCCAUCCACCCUGACCCUCAUCAGCCACAGUCACAAAGUCAGGCUUUGUUAGAAGGAACACCUAAACCUUCCUGUGUCCUGGCACUCCAUCUUCCCCUGGCCCAGCUUCUCCAGAAACCUGACCUGGGCCAUUUCUUGGUUGGCUUGAUGGUGAUCGUUUUGGUUUGAUUUGGAUUUGUUUGUUUUGAAUUUUUUGGAGACAGGAUUUUUCUGGUUAGCCCUGGCUGUUCGGAACUCACACACCAGACUGGCUUCAAACUCAUAGAGAUCCGCCUGCUUCAGCCUCCUGAGUGCUAGGAUUAAAGGUGUAUGCCUUGCACGGAUUGUCCUUAAUUGGUGUGAUUCAGGCACCGGCUUGCAGGGCCAGCCAUGACAGUCUAGCAGUCUGUUUUGCACUUACAGGUCCAGGCUGGUGGACCCAACUGUCUGGGGCCAGUGAGAUCUUCCUUCCAAGUUUCCUCCUCACCCAUGACUGGGUCCACCUGGGGCAGCUCCAGCCCUUGGAGGAGCAGCCCCCACCUUAGGACGCCAGCCUCUUCUUCAGACACUAAGCUGUAACAUACUCAGCUUCUCCAGGAGGCCUGUGGAAGAGGUGCUAGUGGCGAUGUUAGCAAACACCUCUCCAAGCUUUCAAGCUGCUUGUUAAUAAAGUGACUUUGGGGCCACCCCUUUAUUGUU